AUGGCAACUCUCGCCAACACGAACAGCAUGCAGAAGGACGCCGACGCGGUCGCGCUCGAGAAAGCGUCGCUCGACGCCAGCGCGCCGCAGGACCCCGACGCCCCUCUUACGGCGGACGAGAAAAGGGUUGUGAAGCGGGCUACCCGCAAGACGGACUGGCGUCUGGUGCCGAUCCUGGGGGCGUGCUACUCCAUCAGCGCUAUCGACCGCAUCAAUAUAUCUGCAGCCCGCAUCGCCGGCAUGGACGCCGAGCUGGGCUUCCGCGUCGGCGACCGCUACUCGAUCGCGCUGCUCGUCUUCUUCAUCACGUACUUCAUCUUCGAGAUCCCGAGCAAUGUGGUGCUGCGCAAGGUGGGCGCGGCCAACUGGCUCGCGUUCCUGUGCCUGUCGUGGGGGCUGGUGACGUUCGGCGCGGGCUUUGCGCACAAGUGGACCGACAUUGUCGUGUGCCGCUUGCUGCUGGGGCUGUUCGAGGCGGGCUUCUUCCCGGGCUCUGUGUUCUUGAUUUCGUGCUGGUACACGCGCUUCGAGGUGCAGAAGCGGCUGGCGGCCUUCUACAGCAUCAACGUGUGUGCGAAUGGCUUCGGCUCGGUGCUGGCGUACGGCUGCAUGCAGCUCUCCGGCCGCAACGGCUGGCUGGGCUGGCGCUGGAUCUUCAUCAUCAACGGCGCAAUGACCGUCUUCCUCGCACUCCUCGGCCGCCUCUUGAUCGUCGACUUCCCAGACAAAGUCCACCGCGCGCGCUUCCCCUUCCUCAGCCCCGACGAGGUCCGCGCCAUCCAGACCAAACUGCAGCGUGACCGCCGCGACGCCGAAUACGACACCCUGACGCUCUCCAAGUUCCUCUCCGCCUGCGCACGCUGGGAGCUGUGGGUCUUCGCCAUGAAGUUCUUCGCCGUGACCACCAUCGUGUACGCGCUCGCCUUCUUCAUCCCCAUCAUCCUGCAAGGCAUGGGCUACAGCGUGGGCAUGACGUUCCUGCUGUCUGCGCCGCCGGCCGUCGCCGCCGUGCCGUGGAUCAUGCUGUGCUCGUGGGCGGCGGACCGGUGGCGUCUGCGCUCGCCGUUCAUCAUUCUGCAGUGCGUCCUCGGCAUCGUGGGACUCAUGAUUGUGGCGUAUGCGCGCAACAACGGCGCGAGGUAUUUUGGCAUCUUCAUGGGGCUCGCGGGCGCGAAUGCGAAUAUCCCCACUGCGCUGGCGUGGCAGGCGAACAAUAUCCGCGGGCAGUCACUGAGGAUGGUGGCGUCAGGCCUCCAGGUCGGCUUCGGAGCAAUCGGGGGCAUCUACGCGUCAACAGUGUUCAUGCAGAAAGAAGCGCCGACGUACCGCACGGGGCUGUGGGCGGUGACAGGCGCGCAGCUGUAUCUCGUCGUGUCGACGCUGGGCAUGGUGCUGCACUACCGGCGGCAGAACAGGAGGGCGGACCGGGGCGAGGUGGUGCUGGAGGCGCUGGAGGGAUUCAGGUAUACGUACUAGGCGGGGUGCUGGCCCUUCGCUGGGUGCCGUGGUUGCGGGUGCAUUGCGUGGGUCGUGUACUUCUGUCUGUCGUGUAUUCGCUCGAUCCGUCGGUUCGUCGUUUGUGCGUUGCCUCUUCGGCACCCGGAGGCUGUCGCGGUCAGCUUCCUGUUCGCUCUGUGGGGGAAGGUAUACUAUGUCCUGUGUCCGUAUCGAGCAUCCUGUGCCCAUAUAAGUAUUCC